AUGCCCCAGACCCAUCCCACUGGAACCAACGCCCACGUCGUCCUGCUGGGCAAGGAGCGCAUCGAAGUGCAGUACCGUCCGAUUCCGACGGUCAAAAACGACGAGGUCCUCGUCAAGGUCAUGGCGACCGGUCUAUGCGGCACCGACGUCUCCUUCUACACGCGUGGCGGGAUUGGUUCGCGCGUCGUGAGCCAGCCCCUGGUUCUCGGACAUGAGAGCGCCGGCAUCGUCCAUGCUGUUGGCCAUGACGUGACCAAGGUGGCGGUAGGUGACCACGUUGCUAUUGAGCCCGCCUUGCCAUGCCGGAUAUGUCGUUUCUGUCGCUCCGGCCAGUGGAACUACUGCAAGAGAGACCAGUACUUUGCGACUCCUGGAACUGACGGAACCCUGUGUCAAUACUUUGCAUGUCCCGCGACCUCGUGUGUGCCGAUCCCACCCACCCUCCCCUGGCCCCAGGCCGGAUGUAUCCAGCCUCUCGCAAUUGCGGUCCAGAUCGGCCGGCGGGCGCCCAAACUCGCCCACCAAGCUGUGGGCGUUAUGGGAUGUGGACCCCUCGGUCUACUGUGCAUGGCCGUGGCGAAGGCGUAUGCAGCUCGCGAAAUUAUCGGUAUCGACCGUGUUCCCAACCGCGUAGAUUUUGCUCUCAAGUAUGCGGCAACACACGCCGAACUCAACCCCGAACAAGACAUGAAGGCCGAAACACACGGCACACAAGUCAUCAAGGGCCGCGGAAGCAAGAUCCGCGAAGUAGGCGACGAGAUGGCCUGGCUCGACCAUUGGGUCGAGGAACGCCUCCCGAAAUGGGGCGUCGAGCAUGGCCUCGACGUCGUCAUUGACGCGACGGGUGCCGAGCCGUGCAUGCAGCUCGCCGUCGCCCUACUCCGUCCAGGCGGCACUCUAAUCCUAGCUGGCAUGGGGCCUCCUCUCACACGAUUCCCCACGCUCGAAGUAGCGUCAAAGGAACUCACUAUCAGCGGGUCUCUGCGCUACACGACCCGCUGUUUCGAGGACGGGAUCCACCUCGUCGAGCGUGGCCUCGUAGACCUCGCCCCACUCGUCACUAAGACUGUGCCCCUCUGCAAGGCCGAAGAGGCGUUCAAGGCUGCCCGUAGUGGGCCUCUCGCUGGUGGCGAGAUGAAGGUCGUUGUCAUGAACCAGGAGUAG